UAUAAUGGACUUGUCAGUGUUCACUCUGACUUGAAUAGGGUUGUAUCUUCGAAAACCGCUGACAGCGAGCUUUCGAGCACUCCCGAUGGAGGCCAACCCACUGAGUUUGAGAUCCAAACUCUUCGGCGUGUGAGUGACUCGAUACCAAAGUCAGCAUGGCUUGUAUGCGUCAUCGAGACAGCCGAACGGUUUACCUAUUAUGGAAUAUCUGGGCCACUCCAGAACUACAUGCAGAACCCGUACGGAAACCCUCUUCGGCCUGGUGCCCUCGGGCUUGGUCAGGCGAACGCAAGCAGCAUCUCCUACGGCUUCACGUUCUGGAUGUAUGUGACUCCUAUGGUCGGCGCAUGGCUUGCUGAUUCCUUCCUUGGACGGUUCCGCACGAUCAGCUGGGGUGCGGCUAUCUACGUCUGUGGGCUGUUAGUGCUCUUCGUAUCAUCCUUCCCUUUUUCUCUGGAACGAGGAGGGGGACUGGGUGGUUUCAUAGCGUCGUUGUUCCUAAUCGGAACCGGUGCCGGCGCAAUUAAAGCCAACGUCAGCGUCCUGAUCUUUGAUCAAUACACUGAGACCAAGCAGAAGAUUCGCACCCUCAAGUCUGGUGAGAGGGUCAUUGUUGAUCCGCAGGCGACCAUCACCAACAUAUACAUGAUCUACUACAACAUUCUUUGUAUUGGCUGUCUGUCCGGCAUCCCUGCUACGUACAUCGAGCUUCGGAUUGGCUUCUGGGCUACAUUCCUCUUGCCGUUCUGCGUUUUUUGGAUUGCUAUUGCAGCCCUUGCCUUUGGCAGGAAGAAAUAUGUUAGAAACAAACCGGAGCCUGUGCUCGGCAAAGCUUUCAGCGCCUUUGGCAUUGCUGUCCGAAACGGGUUCAACAUGGAUGCCGCCAAACCAUCAUACCAGGCACAACACGGUGGCUCAGCCAAGAUUACAUGGGAUGACAGAUUUGUCGACGAGCUAAAGCGUGGCUUAUACGCAUGCAAGGUCUUUAUUCCUCAGCCAAUUUCGUGGCUUUGUUAUCUGCAAGCGACCAAUAACCUUGUCUCACAAGCGGGCACUAUGGAAACCCACGGGCUCCCCAACGAUAUCUUAUACAACUUCCAACUGAUUCUCGAGAUUGUGCUUAUUCACAUUCUACGGACGAUUAUCUACCCACAGCUCCGCAAAUGGCGAGUUCCGCUCGGCCCCGUUCGACGCAUUACUGCAGGAUUUGUGUUCGGCACCCUGGCUAUUGCCUGGGCAGCCAUCGUUCAAAAGAUCAUCUACUCUGCGGGCCCUUGUUACGAUGCGCCUCUCAAGUGCGAUGCCAGUCAGGGCGGUAAACUUCCGAACCAUGUGCAUAUCAUGGUCCAGUUCCCAGCCUACAUCCUAUUCGCCCUGAAUGAGAUCUUCUCUGCCAUCACCGCCCACGAGUACGCCUACACCAAAGCUCCCAAGAGCAUGAAGAGUGUCGUGGGCGCACUGAACUUCAUCACCGUCGCUGUGGCCGCGCUGCUAGGCAUUGCUGUGUCUAGGGCUGCCAAAGAUCCUGGCUUGACAACCAUGUAUGGUGUGUUAGCUGGGGUGUAUUUUGUGGUGACAUGUUUGUUCUGGUAUUUCUGCCAUGGAUAUGAUAAGCUGGAGGACGAAUUGUUUGACCUGGAUGCCACCAAUACUGUUGAGCGAGAGCAACCUUCAAGGCCGACGGAUCAAUGA